UACUUUGUUUUUUUGUCUACCAGUGAAGAGGAGGACGAAGAAGAAACUACUGUGUCAGAGAAGUGAGAGAAGAAGCAGCAACAACAGAAACACGCAUCCUUUUUUUCUGAGCAUAGCUUAUCAGGCCAGAACCUAAAUGGAUCUAACCGGACAGAUCAAUCAGCUGGAGGCGGACCUGCAAGAGCUGGGCUCCCUCCUGGAGAAGGCAGAGAGGAAAAGAGUGCAGGAGCUGUUAAAACAGGAGCAGAAGAAGGUGGAGAAGGAGCUGGCGACAAAACGACAACAGAAGGAGCAGCAGGCCAGGAGAGAGGCGGACCCAUCCUCAGCCUCCAAAGCAGCGUACACGGUCAAGAUUACCAGCUAUGCUUGGGACCAAUCGGAGAAAUUUGUCAAAAUCUACCUUGCGUUGAAAGACGUGCACAAAAUUCCCUCUGAAAACGUAGAGGUCAAUUUUACAGAAAGGUCAUUUUCUGUGCUGGUUAAGGAUCUAGAUGGAAAAAACCAUCAGAUGACCGUUCUCAACCUGUUAUAUCCAAUUGAUGAAAAGGACAGCCACAAAAAGAUGAAGACGGACAUGGUGUUGAUCAUGUGUAAGAAGCAGGCUACGAAGAAGUGGGACUGCCUAACAACAGUGGAAAAGCGGUCUAAGGAGAAAGAUAAACCCACUAUGGAAGACAAUGCAGACCCCAGCGACGGCCUGAUGACCAUGCUGAAGAAGAUCUACUCAGAGGGAGACGACGAGAUGAAGAGAACGAUCAACAAAGCCUGGACAGAGUCCCAAGAGAAGAAGAUGAGAGGAGAAGAAAUGAUGGACUUCUAAACGUCGCCACUUUUCCCCCGUUAGGACCAAAACGAGAGCUGCCGCGAGCAUGACUUAAAUAUUAAACAUUGAAACUUAAUUCCAGCAUACGAAGCUUAGAAAUAUUGUUCCAGGAAUCACGUGUAAGCAUUGGGUGACCUCAUUUUGGCCCUGCUUCGAAAACCGGGCUGCUGGUGUUCGAUUAGUCACAGGCCAUAAUGCUCAAAUCUCAUAAGUCGCAAGAAAAAAAAAAUGUCUGUACAACCUUUUUCAGUGCUGUCCAGUAGAUGGCAACCUCAACACAGCAAAGCAUCACACCGCUUCAUCCUGACAGUGGAUUUUAGAGGAAGAGAUACGUACUCUGGUGGAUUCCGGUCUAAAGGCUCAUAGAUUUUGCUGAAAUCAUAUUUAAAUGUUUGAAGGACCACGAUGCAGCUCUCACUGUAGCUCCUAUAUUUGUUUCCACUCACGUCAUGGUUUAGAAAGGACCAGGAUUAAUGUCGUUUUUGAAACUUUUGUUGUCCCUGUGCUAGUUCAGUGCAGCUAUACUGAGCUGAGACUUUUUGGAUGUUUGGAAAAGUGAAUUUGCCAAAGCCUGCCUCAUACCCCUGUUAAUGAACAGAACUUUUUUUUUUUUUUUAACCUCACAAAAAGCCUUUUAUUUAGACAGCUGGGUUGAAAUAUUUCAAGUGCGGAAAAAGAAGGAAAAGCAGCGAGUAUCGAAAAGUUGUGCACAAAAAGAUUAAAAAACGUGGAAUGCUACCAAUACAAACUGAAAGCCACUGUAACCAUCUUGAGCCGCACAGGCCAUUCAUGUGGAGGUACUCGUGCAUCAGCCCGGUGUAAUAAUUUACAUUACUCUGUGGAUCUGUGUUUGAAGUUUAAUGUGUUCAGUCGACCCUGUUGCGUGACGCUCUACUUCACUGUAAUUCCUUGAUGUGACAGCUUCCUUGUUAUAGCUUAUCAGUUCUAUGUAUGGCAGCACUAUAUGCAAUAAAAAUUGCCGUCCAACCUUUUGAAGAUGUAUGUUUUUAAAUGUUUUGAUUACUUUACUUUGGCUAAUUGUCGUCAUCUCGCGCAGAUCGUGUCCAGGCCUCAAGUUGUUAAUGCUCUUCCAGCAAAUAAAACAUUUCAUGAGUUCUCUUCA